GUGCUAGAGCUGCCUGGCUCCGGCUGCACGGCUGCAGGGCAUUAGGACCCGGAGGUUGCUGAGUGGAGGAGGCUGAAUCCCCCUCCCGCUGUCAUCCUCACUGCCUCUGCAGCUUUAUUCCUCAUCUCCUUCAAUGGUGACGGACUACCUGCCGCCUGGGCUGGCAGCCAGGACCGGCUCCCAGCAGCUCCAUGGCAUCUCCCAGGACUAUCACCAUCGUUGCCCUCUCGGUGGCCCUGGGGCUCUUCUUCAUCUUUAUGGGGACCAUCAAACUGACCCCUCGGCUCAGCAGAGAUGCCUACAAUGAGAUGAAACGAGCAUAUAAAAGCUACGUGCGGGCCCUCCCCAUGCUAAAGAAGAUGGGAGUCAGCUCCAUCCUUCUCCGCAAGAGCAUUGGUGCCCUAGAAGUGGUGUGUGGCAUUGUCAUGACACUGGUGCCUGGUCGCCCCAAAGACGUGGCCAACUUUCUCCUCCUCCUCCUUGUGCUGGCUGUGCUCUUUUUCCACCAGCUAGUGGGGGAUCCACUCAAGCGUUAUGCCCAUGCCCUAGUCUUUGGGAUCCUGCUUACCUGUCGUCUCCUGAUUGCCCGCCAGCCUGAGGAGCAGCUGCCAGAAAAGAGGAUCCUCUCAGUCAAUGGGGAUGAGCAGCCAAUCAACCAUGAAGCAGCUCCUGAGAAAGGCAAAAUGAAGGUAUCCUAGUUGAGUGUGUGUGAGAAAUACAGACCCUCGAGGCAGCUCUCUCCAAAAUCACCCAGAAGAUUUGUUUUUUAUUUACCUAUUUAUAUUUAUAUUUUUUGUCUGUCUAAAUAAAGUUGCACUUGGGGUCUGAGACACACAUGGUAUGUCUACACUGUAGUCUUGCUUUUGCUGCUGCCCUGUAAGGUAGAAAAAUACAAGCUAGCUUUAACCAGGACAGCUUGGAGGCAGUUAGCAGCCUGGCUGAAGUAGUGCUGGCCUCAGCAGGAGCCGCAAAACC